AUGAAUCCUCGAGUACCUCCAGCUGCUCAAUCGUCCAUCGUUCCCUCCAAGAAUGCUUUGCGAGCUCUGCGUCGCUUGGCCCUAUCGUCUCCCGUCCUCGUGGCUAGCACUCUUGGUGGCGUCUGCGGUAUUGUGACCCUCAACUAUGAAGUCAACCGGCGAGUCCGCCUGGCGGAACAAGCCCUGGAAUCCAAGAAAAUCAUACGGGCGUUGUCCCAUGGAAGAGGCGCCAAUCAACUCAAUGCAAUGAUCGGGGCUGCAGAAAGAGGUGAAGAUUUCACACUGAGCACGAGGAGUACCAAGAGGAAGAGGAAGACUUCAACGAGGGAUUUCUCCGCUGUCGCUCUUCAGGAACAAUCGGAGCAUACGCACGACAUGACGACCGAGAACCUUCGCGCAGACGCCGAACUUGAAAAUGUACCCUUCAUCCCCCUGAGACCCACGCAUCCGCAUCGUGCGCACGGAAUGGCUGUUGACAAGAUCUCGAAGGCCACCGAGUUUCCACACAGACUACCGAAUUUCAGAACCACUACACAUCCCAGACAGCAGCACAAGUCAGAAUUCGACAGAGGCAAAGAUGAGCUUCAUAAUUUGUUCAGUGAAAACUCUGACGGGUCGGCAGAGAGGCACUCAGAUUUCACAAAACCGAAGGAGCUUUGGCGCAAAAUUACGCCCCAGAAGGGACAAAAAAGAGGUUCAGACUUGCUCGUGAGAAGAACCGCUGUGAUAGAUCCCCGGCAAGCGCAGGAAACCCCAGUCCGAGGUGAAAGCGAUCCCCUUCCUUCUACAACCUACUUCCCAAUACCGCAAAACAAUCUCUACACGAAGGAUCGUCAUAGCCCACCAUCUCUGUCCGAAAACGAAGGCAAUGCAAAAUCACUAUCCAUUGAUCGCUUUCUCGACCAAAAAAAUUCCACUCCAUCACCAGAACAUGAGAACCAAGGCGCCGACGGCCCGAUGCGUGGAGCAUUCUUCGUUCAUGGGGAUCGAGUAGCGUCUUUGGUUGCUUACCUCGAUGACGAAGCCGUAGAUGAGGCUCUGAGAGACUUCCUCAACCAAAUCCCACAGCUCUCCUGGGACCCAGUUGCGGUGGAAUCCUUGCUGCCAUCAGCACCGCAAGAUUUCGUCAAUCACGCCAUAAACGUCCUGGACCCAAAGACCCUCUUCAGCCUAUAUCGAUUUAUCUGGCGCCGAAAUAAGACCCCGAAGUCGAGGCGAGAGAAACGGUACCGGUGCUGGCUUGCUGUCAUGAGGCAUUAUACAAGCCAACCCAGUGCUCUGAACUGGACCAUCGCAGAGGCUGUGUUCCACUUGUAUUUCGAACAUCAGAGGCCGUUCGACUCCAAAGGCCUCAAUGUCCGGCCGGUCUUCGAUCUUGUCCAGCAUCUUUUGGCGACAGAGUCAACUCCCAGCAGAGUUCAAAACAUCCUUUUCCCCCCUUUGCUGCAGGAUUCUGUGGAUCCAGCGGAAGUUUUUCAGUUAUCGGUCAAGUAUUUGAACUUUUUCUGCGAAGAUCAGCACACUAUUCCCGAAUGUCUUGAAGAGACGAGAAAGAUCGUCAGUAUCGCCAGACGUUGCUCGCUCACCCCUUCUCAGGACAUUAUUGUACCUGUCCUCAAAGCACUGGUUCGUUCGAAGGACUUUGAGGACGCCGAGAUUAUCCUCGAUCAACUUGGAGCGAUGUUCGAGAAUAUUGAUUCUCUUGCUCUUUUGAGCGAAUAUGCAUUUCAGCAUGCCUGCGAGGGUAAUUGGGCCGUGGUCGAGUCUACUUUGGACAAGAUUCACAUGGUCAACAGGUCGAGGGACCGGCCUGUGAGCUUUGCCCGCCUGUUUCAAAGACUUUUGAUGCAGCACACGGCGCAGAACCCCUCUGUCCAAUCCUUUGGCUUCACGGUCCAUGCCAUAAAGUACGCCGGGCUGAUACCCACAGGGGUUAUAUCAAGGACGCUUAUCUGCGCCUGCAUUCGAGAUCGCCGUCACGACCUGGUUGCCGAAUGGACUCGUCUGGUCAGGGAGGCAUUUCCCAGGGUGAGCUUCGGGUUUGAUCUUCUUCAAGGGGGAUGGAUCCUCGCAGAUACCCUCAUGGAGGUUGGUGCCAGCUGCGAGGAAGUUGCCAAAGUCUGUCUGGCAAUUGCUCAUGGGUGCCGGAAAAAUCCAUUUGGUCCAAGCUUCAGGGAGUUUGCUGUCGGGCUCAUCAAAACAGAUAUGGUCCAGAGGUUAUGUGCAACCUCUGCUCAACUAUCGGCACCAAGGGGUGAUAUCUCCGAGAUGAGCCUGGAAAAGCUGCUCAUGCUUGCUAUCGAUAUUCGCAAGUCGUCAACGACCUCACGGGCAAACGAUGUGCACGUCGAGGGGUUAAAGAGUGAUAUUGCAAUCCAGAUGUCUGCAAUCAUAGAUCUGGCCAAAAUAUUCCGAGGCGACAUGAAGCUAUUAUUUUCGGGCAACAAAGGCCAGACCGAGAUUGUUUCCAAGCGCCGUCGCGAUGGUGAUUCAAGCCGGUGGUUUCGCGGAAUGGGCGUCUUGAAGCGGACUUUCCCAGAACUCUUCGAACAAGACCGGUCCAGCGGGGCUAGAAGAUUGACAGCCGCCGUGGUGGAAUACUAUGAUCGCCGUGAGAAGAGAGGUCUUCCCGUGGACCACGCAGUGCUGAGACAAGUCAUCACCCAUGUCGGUCCGCAACACCCAGCAGAGACCCUUGAGCUGGUUGAGGCCAUCUACGCGAGCGGGUACGUCCAACGGCCCGAGGGAACACCUUUCGACACGGAUCUUUUCAAACAAUGGCUCCUCCUGGUAUCGACCAACGGAACCGUCACGUCCGCUGCAGCGGCGCUGAGGGCGGUGGUCGAAUCCAGGGAUCACGUGGAGUGGACUGCGCAUUUCCGCAAUCUGUGUGAGUGGGUGACCCAGGUGGAGAGCUACCCUAAUGGCAGCUACUGGGCCGAGAAGCAAUAUCCCAAGAAACCCCAAGGCGGAGAAUUAAGACCGUUGUUCGAGAGGAUCUGGGAGAUCUGGAUGGAGGUAUAUAAGCAAAGGAAGGAGACUUCCCCGGAGACUUUCAAGUUUCCCGAGUGGAGUGGCUGGGAGACGUAA